AUGUUUGAUGCAAUGGGUGCUGCUGGAUCAGCAGAUGACAUUAAUGCUAUGGAAAUUCACCACUGGUACACAAAGUUUAUGAAGGAGUGCCCAUCCGGUCAGCUUUGCCUGCAUGAAUUUAAACAUGUCCUGGAUCUACACGGACUUACUCCUGAAGCUAACAACUAUGUUGAACAAGUAUUUCACACAUUUGACAUGAAUAAGGAUGGAUUUAUAGACUUCUUGGAGUUCAUAGCUGCAAUAAAUUUGGUUAUACGAGGGAAAAUUGAACAAAAAUUGAAAUGGUAUUUCAAGCUAUACGAUGCUGAUGGAAACGGAUGCAUUGACAAAAAAGAACUAUUAAGCAUAUUCAGGGCAAUCCAGGCUAUUAACGGCUACACCAACAUGAGUGCUGAAGAGUUCACAAACAUGAUAUUUCAGAAGAUAGAUGUGAACAAUGACGGGGAACUGACUUUAGAAGAGUUUAUCAAUGGUGUGGAAAAAGACGAGGACCUAAUGGAAUUAAUUACAAAAAGUUUUGACCUUUCCAACGUACUCAAAGUCAUACAGAAUGGCAGGAGAAACAGCGUCUGA